AUGUAUGAAGCGUAUGCUGCCGAAGAAGUUGUGACAAAAUUACCGUUAGAUGCGACUAGUUUGGUUAGUUGUGGUAAGUGAUAUUAUUUUGUGAAGAAUCACCUUUAUCUCUUCCUUUUUUAAGAUAAACACGAUAAACUAUUUGUUGGAAGUAAACAAGGACACUUAUUGAGUAUAAAUCAGUCAUCUAAUGGUAUGCUUUGCUUUUAUGUUUACAGUUCAUGUAGCUGUCAUGAAUAAUGUUGUUCGACGUUUAGACAAACGAAAUUAUGAGUAUCAACUGACCCGAGGUUUUGAAAAGAAGGCAAUUCAAGAAUUGGCCGUAGUUCAGCAACUAGAUCUGGUAAUAUCGCUGACUGAUGGCUCCUUGAGUGUUCAUGAGUUGGUAGAGCCCUUCAAAAAUAUCGUUGUCUUUAACAAAUACAAGCCGAUAUCUUCUUUUGGAUGUUACCUUGAGCAAGUAGGUGAUUGAUAACAUUUUUUAUUUAAUGUUCUAUGGUGUUUUGAAAAAAACUUUUUGAUUGAAAAUUCAAUUUCUUCAUGAAUAAUAUCAAAUUGCUUUAGGAAAAUAACCGAUUAUUCAUCUUGAUAUGCGCCAAGAAGCGGCUUUAUCUUUUCAAAUGGCUUCUUGACGAGUUCGAUGAGGUCCUGCUAACGUUUAAUCCUCAAUAUCUGCCCGAUAUUGUCACCAAAAUCACUUGGAUUGGAGGGCAUUCAGCUCUGUUUGCGUGCAAAAAUGAAUAUCAAAUUUGUCGAAUAAUGGAGACGGAUAGCGAAACAAAUGAUGUAGGCGUCGUGCGAAGCUUGUCGUUAGCUCCGGAAUCCCCAUUCAUUGUGCGAUUAAACGAAAAAACAGCUGGGCUUUUGAAUGAUAAUUUAGUCACCUUCGUGGAUGAAAAUGGAAAUCCGUCGUUGGAUAAUUGCCGAUUCUCUGAAAGUUUGGUCGCGUUGGGUGAGUAAUUUAUUUGUUUGUUUGGUUUUUAGAAGUCAACGUUGUAGAAUACAAGAUGUUUUUACAGCUUACGACGCCCCAUAUCUUGUUGGGUUAUCUGCCAAAGGAAUCGUUGAAAUCCGCUCCGUUCAGCCAUCGAUGUUAAUCCAGAAGCUGACGUUUUCUCAGCCAAAGUUGAUAGUCAGCUGUCAAAAGCAUGGAAUUUUGUAUAUAGCAUCGGAUAAGUCGGUAUCUCGACUAAAUUCUCGUCCAAUUUCCAAAGCGAAUGUCGACUUUUUAGUCAAUGAAAAACAUUAUGAUCUGGCUGUGGCAUUGGCUGUAAGUCUUCGAAUUGCGAGCUAAGAUGUGUUUUAUGUUGUUGGUUAUAAAGUUUGUCGUAUUUUAGGAGAACACCGAUGGAUUUGACAAGAAAAAAUUAAUCGAAAUCAAAAGACAAAUGGCUUUGAACCUUUUUGAUCAACGGAAGUUUGCGGAGAGUUUCGAGAUCCACUCUGAAAUUGAUACUGGUGAGUUUUAAGAUUUAUUUUUAUUUGGCUUUUGAGUUUAGACGUCCUUCUUGUCAUCCAUUAUCUCCCAUUGAUGAUACCGGAUAAAUUUCUCUCCAAAUUGUCGGACUAUAAAAAUGAUUUACGACUUUUUGAGCCAAAUGGAAAUAUGGCCGAAAAUGAACGAAAACAAGCGAUAAUUGCACUGGGAGAUUAUCUCAGCAUGGUGAGUUGAGCGGAUAUUGAUUUAGAUGAUCAAAUUUUUAGAAACGCACAGAAAUCGCUCGAAAAUUGGAUAGUCACGCCAAAUCCAGGGACUUUAAACUGUCGAGCAAAGAGGUGCGAAAAGCGAAAGAGACCUUGGAAUUGGUGGAUACGGUACUUCUCAAAUGCUAUAUCAAAACGAGACCUAUGCUGAUAUCAUCUCUUUUGAGGAUUUCCGAUAAUUCCUGCGAUUUCGAAGAGGCCGAGAAGAAUUUGUUGGAAAGGAACAGGACCAGUGAGCUGUUUUUGCUCUACAAAGCGAAGGAAAAGCAUAGACAAGGUGAGUUUAUUUACUUUUUUUUGUCUAAAAUUUUAGGAAAACAUAAAGUCGAAUUUUUCAGCCCUGGAAUUGCUGAAAAAGGAAGCGACAAACGAGGAUAGCGAUUUGUUUGGCUUGGAGGAAUCCGUGGAAUACUUGCAGAAUCUGAAAAAAGAGGAUAUUGAUAUUGUUUUUGAGUUUGCGAAAUGGAUUCUACAUCAGGAUUCGGAAAUGGGCUUAAAAGUAAGUGUUUUAUAGCAAGAAGUUUUAUUCUAUAUGGGAUUUGACAGCACAAUUAUUGUUUGAAAUUGGGAUUUUUUGAUUUUUUUUUGAAAUUUGAAGGUUUUUGAAAUUUUUUUUAAUAAGUUUGAUUUUUUAGAUCUUCUGCCCCGAACAACCGGAGAAUCAAGACAAAUGGGACCCGGAAAAGGUCCUAGUUUUUUUGAGAGAAGAGAAGAUUGACGCUAUCAUACCAUAUCUCGAGUUUUUGAUCGAAAGAUGCGGCGAGAAACGACCAAAAUUCCACGAAACUCUGCUGGAACACUACAUAAUCAAGGUGAAAUGGCUGAUGAAAGAUUAUGUUUACACUCUCGCGGAUAGUAAGUCCAAUUUGGAUGGGUUUUAGGAGACUUUGAUCACUUGGAUUGAACUGAUUUUAAUGAAAUAUUUGGUUUAGAUGAGAGUGUAACCCGUGCCGGCCUAGAAGAUGGUGAUUUGGGACGAAUCCGAAAGAAAUUACUCGACUUCCUGACGACCUCUUACUCGUAUUCGGCGCAGAAAGCCUUGCUUUUGUUGGACAAUCACUUGAUCGAGGAGAAAGCCAUCGUUUUCGGUCGAUUGAAACGGCAUGAAGAGGCUCUGGUCCUUUAUACUAAUGUGCUCAUGGAUUUCAAAGCCGCGGAAAACCAUUGCCUGAGGUAUUUUGAGCCGAGGGAUAGCGUUAAUUCAAAGGUGAGAGGGCGAAUUUUGUGUUGUGAGGUGUUUUGAAGGAUUUGAUUUUAAACUUUUUUAUUUUUGGGCGAUUUUCGAUGUUUUUGGCGAUUUUUGAUUAUAAUUUUAAAGAAAAUUUCUUUUAGGUCUUCUUCACACUUUAUAAAAUUUACACCCGCCCGGAUCUCGUGGAAUUGGCCAACCUCAGCCCAGAUAUUACCAAAAAGAUCAAACCGAACGUGAAUGAAGCCCUGAAAUUGCUCAGAAAUCAGGCCGAUAAGAUGGAUACAGGUCAGAUAAUGGGAAAUUAAUCCUUAUAUUCAAUUAAAAUGGUCGUUUAAUUUGUAAAAAUAUUGUUUUAGUCAGUGCAAUCAAGCUAAUUCCUCGGGAUGCAUCGCUGAAAAAAGUUUGGUCGGCCCUCGAAGCCAUAAUUGAAGCCACAAAGAAUCGGGCCAGUCAUCUGGCAAUCCUCUCGGCCAUCUCGACGCUCGCAAAGACCAAAUCCCAGGCACAAUUGAAGGGAAUUCAAUCAAAACGGAUCGAUAUCGACUUUAAUGUGGAGUGCUCACUUUGUAAUAAGAAAAUUGGAACAACGUAAGGAAUUUGGAGGGUUUAUAAGCGAUUUUCAGGAAAUUUCCGGGGAUUUUGAAGAAAUUUUAGGCCUUUAGAGAGGCGAUGUGGUAAUAGUGAUUUUGGAACAUUUGUUGAAAAAAUUUUGGUUUAUUUUAGGGUUUUUUAGAAUUUUUAGCCCGUUUUUAAGCAAUUCUGAGGUUGAAUUCGCCUGUUUGAAGCCAUUUUUGGAAAGAGUGGACAUUACUUUAGCCAUUUUUUGAUCAAAAACAACCUUAUUUUAGCAAGUUUAGAACGAUUUUAAAAAAAAACCUUAUCUUUAUAUUUUUGAUGAGUUUUGAUUUUUAUGAACGAUUUUUGGACCUUAUUUUAGCCAGUUUUAAAAAAUUUUUACUCAUUUUUUCAGAGCGUUUGUCCGAUUCCCCCAAACUGGAGCGAUUGUCCACUUUUUCUGCCAUCGCCGGAACGAAUCGACCGCCGAACUUGAAACCGCGAUGUCCUCGAGCCCGUCUUUCACCACAACUUUCCUCAAAAAACCUCCGAAACAAUCAACCUAA